CAAUGAUUGACUCUCUUCAAGUCGACCUUGCUUUGUGACCGUAAGCAAUAAAACCCUGGUCGCAGUUCAGUCUGGAGUCCUGGACGGAGCCUCAUCCUCUGCACACAGGUCUGUCAAACACUGAUGCUGGAUCAGUGGGAGUGGAAUGGAUAAUGGCCAUGGCAAACUGUAAUCUGCGGUCACCGUCCUCCUCUCCUCAUGAUGAUGUCAACCUGGGACCUUCAGCGAACCCACAUGCCAGGCCCACUGACUUUGACUUCCUGGCUGUCAUUGGCAAAGGAACCUUUGGAAAGGUCCUGCUCGCCAAGCUCAAAGCCGACAGCAAAUUCUACGCCGUCAAAGUGCUGCAGAAGAAAGUCAUCCUCAAGAAGAAAGAGCAAAAGAACAUUAUGGCCGAGAGAAACGUGCUGCUGAAGAGUCUGAAACAUCCCUUUCUGGUGCGGCUCCACUACUCCUUCCAGACUCCAGAGAAGCUCUACUUUGUCCUCGACUAUGUGAAUGGGGGAGAGCUGUUUUUCCACCUGCAAAGAGAGAGGAGUUUCUCAGAGCCCAGAGCAAGGUUCUAUGCAGCCGAGGUAGCGAGCGCCAUCGGCUAUCUUCACUCUCUCAACAUCGUUUACAGAGAUCUGAAGCCGGAGAAUAUUCUCUUUGAUUCUCAGGGCCAUGUGGUGCUGACAGAUUUUGGGCUGUGCAAAGAAGGCAUAGAGCCGGAGGGAACCACCUCAACCUUCUGUGGGACUCCAGAAUACUUGGCACCAGAGGUUCUUCGUAAGGAAGCAUAUGACAGGACGGUGGACUGGUGGUGUCUGGGAGCAGUGAUCUAUGAGAUGAUCUACAGCCUGCCUCCUUUUUACAGCCGUGACGUCGGUGAAAUGUACGAUGGGAUCCUCCACAAGCCGCUGCCGCUGCCUCCAGGGAAGUCUGAGGCCGUCAGCUCUCUGCUGGUGGGUCUUCUGCAGAAGGACCAGCACCGACGCCUCGGAGCCAUCGCCGACUUUUUAGAAAUAAAGAACCACAUCUUUUUCUCACCAAUCAACUGGGACGACCUUUACCACAAGAGGAUCACUCCUCCUUACAACCCCAAUGUGAGAGGCCCAGCUGACACUCAGCAUAUUGAUCCAGAGUUCACCAGAGAAAUGGUUUCUAACUCGGUGAGUCGGACCCCGGAGUUUAACGCCAGCAGCAGCUCCAACAACGCCUUCAACGGGUUCUCCUUCGUCGGCACCGAGGACAGCUUUCUGUGAGGCAGAAGUUAACUGCUCAAAUGUUUGAACAUUGUGCUUUAUAUUAAUGGAGUGAUCACACUCUUUUGGGUCUCAUGAAACUAAAAGCUCCUCAUGCACUAUUGCAGAAAUCCCACAUGGCAUCUAUCAUGUUUGACUGCAGGGAUUUAAAAAGUGUUCCUCUUAAGGGUGUGGAAGAGAGGAAGCGCGCCUGCAAUGGAGACAUUUAAGGUUAAAAUAUGUCAAACGCUUUACCUGUAAGUCCCAGGUCUGUUCUUCUGUGUUUCCAAAUAUACCGGGCUCGUAGUAGCAUCUUUUCAAAUGCAGUGCAAAUUAUAUUUAUUCCAUUUAUUUGCAAUGUAAUUCAGAUUGUGUUUUAUAAAAAGUUGACUUCCUAUGUGCAUGCAGACUUAGACUUAGAACUCUAUUUUCCUGAAAAAUGGCACAGAUGCAAACGAAAGCAAAAUCUUCAGGCGCAAACACAAAUGUGCAUGAUCAGCAAAUCUUUUGCAAUUUUGGUGACGACAGGGAUUACUGUAAACCAGGUACAGCUUGAAGAGGUGUAAGUGUGAUCCUCUGCCUCAAAGUUUUCUCUAAGCAGAAGGAUAAUAACAUAAUAAUAAUAAUAAUAAUAAUAAUAAUAAUAAUAAUAAUAAUAAUAAUAAUAAUAAUAAUAAUAAUAAUAAGGAAAAGUUCCGACAUUUUACACGUUGUUGUGGGAAACAUGAAAGGUGCUUGGUAAUUUUGGAGAAGUCAGUGCCUCUUCCAACAAAAGCCACGGAAAUUGUCCUAAAAAUAGACCUGCGUAAACCUUUUUAAAAAGAGUUGCCGCUUACGCUGGUUUUAGGCCGAAAAGAAAAUAGAGCUCUUAGUAUUGUCUAUCUCACUAAUCACAUUUUUAGAAAACAGAUUUGAUUGAACAUAUUUCUUACGAGAACAGGAACAUAAAAACCUCUGGGUUCAACAGCUUUUGAAAAGGGGAUGACAUCCAGAAAACCAAAAAGGCAGUUUAAUAAAAACACACAAACUGAACUUUGUAAUCACUUUUCUCUCUACUUAAAACAAGAUGGUAAUCUUCAUGUGCAAAGAGAGCUAAAGCUGUGAGGGAUGAUGAUAAAAUCACGUCCAAUAUUAUAUAAAGUCUGAAUGAAAAAGAUGGACCAAAGAAACGGCUAAAAAUAAUAGUAAAGGUAAUAUUAUAUAGUAACACGGUUUAUGUCAAAAUGAAUUUGAAGAUGAUGCACUGAUGUUAGAAAAUGCUCCAUAUCGCACCUUUAAAGUGUUUAUUCUGUUGACGGGAGUUUUCUCUAUUGUAACUGGGAACACAUUAUAUUAGCCUGUAGACAGCACACAGUGAUAUUAGUUUUGUUUCAUGAGACAUGCUGAACCAGUUAGUUGUAUUGAAAAUGCUGAAUGUGACGUGUGUAAAUGUACAGUAGCAGCUUUGCAGUAGGGUUAUGUAGCCUACUGUAGUAAUGUGAUUAUAUUAAUGUUAACCUCUGUGCAUUGGAAAUGAAGUUGUGAUUGAUGGUGCUUGACUUUGGCAGCAUUGGCUGAUACACUUGUAACUAAUGGCUUUGCAUUUUGUUUUAUUAUCUCACU